GUCUAGUCCUACCCGAAUGUCAGAUACAUGUGUACUUCGAUUGGGUACAGGACCUGACAUAAGACAUGAUCUUUCCGCUGGUUGGCUGACAGCCUCUAAUCCAGUUAUCGGUUCGUCAGAGGAAAUGAGCUGCAGGUUAUAAGGCAAUCAUGGCGGCAGAGAUGAAACCAGAACACAUUGCAGCAAUGGAUACAAAUAUCUUGUUUCAAAAGUACACCAUCAAUGAAGUAAAGGACACUGAGAAAAGGGUCAGGUCUGACAUUGAAAGGAAGAAAGAAGAUCUGAGGCAAAUGGUUGGGGAGAGGUACCGUGAUCUGAUCGAAGCAGCAGAUACCAUCCGUGAGAUGAAAAACAGUGCAAAUAAUGUUGGACAAGCAGUGUCCAGCAUGGACAAGUAUUGCCAACAACUACAGAAAAAUAAAAAGAAUCAUGCCAGGGAAAAUAUGGAGGCUGCAAAAAAAAAGGAACAUGAUGCUUUCUACAGCAUCGCAGCUGAGAUAAAGCUUCUUUUGGACAUGCCAGAAAAGAUCUGGAGUUCCUUAGAGGCAGAUGAACUUCUGUCUGCGGCCCGACUCUACCUGCUGUCUCGUCACAUCAUGACCAGCCUCCACCUGGACUCCCCCUCACCCCCUCCCUCCACUCAGAGCCUCCUCACCUUCUUCCCCAUCCUGUCCAGACAGUGGUCUUACAUCAGUCACUUCAAGGUGGCCAUUUUAAAGAAUGCAAGAAACAUGUUAAAAAACCCUGAUGCAACUGAAAAGGCAACUGCAGAGGCCCUGUGCUCCAUCAUAUUACUGGAGGACACCUCCCCGAGACAAGUAUUCACUGAGUACCUCCUGGCCAAAACAAAUACAGUCCAACAGUUGUGUCAUCCAGGACAGCAGGGUGGCAGUAUCAAGGCACAUGUGUGUGGUGUAGUGCAGCUGAUUGUGUCCACAGUCAGACAGAUGCAUGCAGUCUUCUAUUCACCUGAAGCUGGCAGUAUCAAGGAACAAGCCUGUGACCAGCUCUUGACCACCCUGGGUAGUGUGAGUGGAGACAGAGCUGCUCCUGUGUACACCCUACUGGAAACUGAGCUGAGAAACAGACCUUUUGCCAAGCACAUACCCUCCAGGAUUGCAGAAUUCUGUCCAUCCUUAAAGACUCUGGCCAACCCAGUAUCCCAGGAACACCUCCAGGCCAGCUGUCAGCAGUGGAUCACUACAUGUGUGGAGACCAUCCACAGAGGAGUUGGGGAGUUACUGGGCUAUGUCAGCACCAUCAAGGGACUGGUGGCCAUCAGAGAUGCAGUCUGGGACAUGUUGGCACAGGAUGGGGCAGGUAUUAAAUGGAGUGAGGUCUGCCAGCAUAUACUCCAUAGAGAUGUUCUGGUCUGGGAGGAGUUUCUCAGGCCUAUCCUCAUCAACAGGUCUCAGGUCAUUAUUGAAAGCCAGUGCAGCAGUACUGCUGAGCUGUCCCUCCAGCUGGUCACUAAUACACUACAGGAACUGGCUCAUAAAACCAACACAGAAAGGACUCUGCUAUCUGAACACAAUGUGGCUGGUUAUGUGUGGACCGAGGUGUCCAGUGACAUGCCGUCCAGGUCAUCCUGGUUCCACAGCAAGACUGGUGAGGAGUUGGGAGGCCUAGCCAUGAAGGCUAAGGCCUUCACACCCAGAGUACAGAGCUUGUGUAAGAAGAUGGACAGCAGGUUGGAGUCCCUGCUGGAGGAUGUGUCCCAGUACACAUCCGUGACCCAGCAUCACCGGGACAUCAGUACUGGAGGGGACAGCUCUACAGACCCCCCUCCUUUUGACAAGUUUGCAGACAACAUACAUCUGGAGAAGUAUCUGCAGAAUGGAUGUACAAGCUGUAUCACCAGAUUGCAAGGAAAAGGUCAGGAUUUCCCCCAUCAACAGCUUGGAGAGUGCUCGUGGGGAACAACACAGUGUUUUCUCCAUGUUAAUCUGCAGAUGCCACCUUUGGAUGAAAAUUCACCUUGGGGGAAACUCAGGAGCCAGCUUUUUGCAACAGCAGACAUAGGACACAGAUUGUGGGCAGAGCACACCUCCGGCUGGUUGGUUGACCAGUUCUCUUCAGCCCUGAAAGACUCCAGCCCUGCUGCCCUGCUCAUGUCUGCUACUAACUGGGAGGAGAUGGAGAUACAGGAGGAGACGGAGGCAGGCAAGUCUGUCCAGUCCAAGAUCAGACUCCCUGCACAGGCAUCUUGGUAUGUCCAGUCCAUGCUGUUUCUUCUCUGUAGGGAGGUCAACAGAGUUGGGGGACAUGCUCUCAGCAGGUCCGUAAUCCAUGAGGUGGUCCAGCAGACCUGUGCUGGGGUGCUGACUGCCUAUGAAGCCCUCCUGCAGGACAGCGCCACCCUGCCGCAGGCCCGUGCAUUGCAGCUGGUGUUUGACCUGAGAUACAUCACCAACAUGCUGUCAGCCAGGGGACCAGACUCGCAGGCAUACCGAGCGCAGGCAGACAGAGUCAUGCGACUGUUGGAGAAGAUAGAGAACCACAUUGACCCAUUUGACCUGGAUGUCUUCACACCUCACCUCAGUAAAGCACUAGACAGGCUGACACAGAGGUGUUCGGUGAUGUUAGGAGUGACGACCAGCCCAGACCGGCACCUGGCAGCAGGCAGACCCCCAGGCAGUACUGGUCAACAGGAACAACACAACGUUCUGCCCCUCCCCCCGCCCAUCCCCAAGUUUACCCUGCUACCUAUCACUAGCAGGACAGACUCCAGCAAGCCCAGACAGACCAUAGAGGUGCCUGUGCCCAAAGUUCAGGUGCUGCCAUCCCUCAGUAGCAGUGGUAGCAGGGAUGUUGAGGAGUCAGGGAGACUGCCCAGGGCAGCCAGCCCCUCAUCUCUAUACUCCAGAAUUGGUGCCUUCAGCACUGGAUGGCUCUCCAACAUAGGGCAAGGGAACAAGUAAAGAGGUAUCCCUGGCAUCAGGUGCUGACCAUGCAGCUGUUGAUCUACAUAAGACAUGUCCAUCUGCAGAGCUGGUCACAUGAUGCAGGAAGCUUCACCCUGUCCAUAGUGCAAGUUGGUAGUCUCUGUUCCAUGUCAGCUCAGUUUUCUGACUGGCCAAGAAAUAGUCAGAACAUACCAGGUAUAUUUGAUGUGGGGGUGUAUCCUGACCUGCUACGAAGGCAUCAAAGAUGAAACCAUCAUUUUCUGUACAGGAACGAAAAACGUCUAAGUGUACAAACUACAUUGUUAGCUAACCUCCAACAAACAAAUGUAUCCAAAAUUGAAUAACAUAACUUCAGGAAUGAAAUAGAAUUGGCAAUGUGUGCAUGUAUUCCUGAGUCACAUUAUGUUAAACUUAAAUGUUAUGAAUAUGACAGUAAAAUCAGCAUCUUUGGAGACUCAAAGAAUAGGAACUACCAUACUUUGUCCACUGUAUGAAUAUGACACACUUACUUUUGUUAUUUGGAUCCUAGAGGAAAUGGCAAUAUUUUACAACCUGCACAGUACAAUGAUGGUAACUUUUAAGUGAUAUGGACUGUGUCUCUCAUACUGAUAUGUCGUAAAAGGUUGACCAUACAAAUGGUACGGUUUGCUUUUGAGCUUUAAUUAGCCAUAUAAUGGCAACUGUUCUGUAAUAAUAAGCCAAGAUUACAUUGUAAUGUAUUUUGGUGAAGUCUUGAUGAGAUUGUGUGCCAUCUAGACUGGUGGAGGCAUCAAACAUAGUAAUAAAAUCUGCAAUUCUUGGA